UGUCAAAAUUGCUUGACAAUUAAAUUUUGAAGUUUAUCAUCAAAAUAAAAAAUUGCACAAUUUAAAAUGAUUUCUUCAAAAAUAGCACAAUUAUCUUUGAUAAAGAAUUUUCUGGUUGCAGAAAACUCAACAUGUUUGCUUCAAAAAAGGCUCAAAACUCAUUUCAGAAGUGGGGCUCUAAAACCAAAACCAGAUCGGAUGCCAUUUGGAAUUGUUAGUGUAGUAUGCGCCGUAGUUCCAGGCCUGUUCAUCGGUGCCGCUAUCAGUAAAAGCGUUGCGAACUUUCUGGAAGAAAAUGAUUUAUUUGUUCCUUCUGAAGACGACGACGAAGAUUGAAAAAUGUUUCAACUUUCAGCUUUCCGGAUUUAAUACUUUUAAAUGUAUUUAUUUCGCAAACUAUAUCAGCACAAUUUUAUCGAAUAAAAAAAAUCAAUGUUACUAGUCAAAGUUAAUAAAUUGUUGGAAAAUAAAAAUAUCUAUUUAUAAAGUGAAA